GUUAUUAAACAUUAUAGCUAUGUUAUAAUAAUUAUUAUAACAUAUCGUUAGGAUAAGGAUAUCUUGAGAAAUAUAACGGACUGAUUUGCCUCAUUUCUUAGAGACAGUAGCAUGUUGUUGAUAACGACGCGGAGAUAGAUAAAAAACUAGAGACGUGGCUCGACGUUCUUCCAUGGCAGCGCAUGUGGAGGACCCCACCCACGCCGUUGGUGCUGCAACUGCCACCGCUCCAUGUGCCCGCCGUCGCUCUCCGGCCAGCAGCCAAAACUCGUUUUUGUCUCUCCGCCCCCCCGCAGCGAGGCGCCGCCCCUUGCCAAUUCCAUGCCUAUAAAUGCCCCGCCUUCUUCCUCCUCCUUCAUCGCCACAAGUCCACACCUCAACCGACAGCAAGUCUUAACUUCACUCUCCUCCGAUGGCCGCCGGCGCUCUCCUCUUUAUCCACUUCUUCUUUCUCUUAUCCGGCUACGCCUUUGCGGACUCCUACGGGUGGGAAUCCGCCCACGCCACCUUCUACGGCGGCAGCGACGCCUCCGGAACCAUGGGAGGCGCUUGCGGGUACGGGAACCUCUACAGCACGGGCUACGGCACCAACACGGCGGCGCUCAGCACGGCGCUGUUCAACGACGGGCUCAGCUGCGGCUCCUGCUACGAGUUGCAGUGCGCCGACGACCCCCAGUCGUGCCUCCCCGGCUCCAUCAUCGUCACCGCCACCAACUUCUGCCCCCCAACCUACGACCUCCCUAGCGACAAUGGCGGCUGGUGCAACCCCCCGCGCCCGCACUUCGACCUCGCCCAGCCGGCUUUCCUCCAUAUCGGGCAGUACCGCGCCGGCAUCGUCCCCGUCUCCUUCCGCAGGGUGCCUUGCGUGAAGAAGGGGGGAAUACGGUUCACCAUCAACGGCCAUUCCUUCUUCAACUUGGUCUUGAUCACGAACGUGGCCGGAGCCGGCGACGUGCACUCCGUGUCGAUCAAGGGGUCCAAGGGCGGGUGGCAAGCGAUGUCGCGCAACUGGGGCCAAAACUGGCAGAGCAACUCGUUACUCGACGGGCAGAGUCUCUCCUUCCAGGUGACGACCAGCGAUGGCAGGACGGUCACCAGCUUCGAUGUGGCACCGGCCGGGUGGCAAUUCGGCCAGACCUUCGAGGGUGGACAAUUCUAACUAAACUCAUCAAGCAAUUAAGGCUUGUCGGAUGCCGAGGUAGCUAACUCAUCAGGCAGCACCCGCAGGAGCCUCCUAAACUCUAAACCCUAGACUAAACUAUAUAUAACUUAGCAAGUAUUCAACCCUGUAAUUUAUAAGCCAUUACAGGGAAGAAAGGUAAUUCACCUCAACAUAAUAUUAUGAAUGUGUUGUGGAAUAGAAUUGUUAUCAGUUACUGAGUGAUAUGAUCUUUAGUGUGUGUUCAAGGGGACUGUAUUCUAAGAGGCAAAAUAUGUGUAUCCACUCGGGCUCCUCUCUAUAAUUUCUGAUUUACUUGAUUGAA